AUGAGUGCAAACGCGCCAGAAACCCCAGUCGCUGCAACCUUGCCAAGCCCGCCCUCACGGCGGCCUAGCUCUGCGAGUGCGGCUGCAACGAAAGUGGUAGUUAGGUUCCGCGCGACGGGAAGCGCACCCAUCUUGAAGCAGGCCUUCUUCAAAAUCUCCGCGUCGCAGAAGUUCCAGACGGUUAUCAACUUCUUGAAGAAGGAGCUCAACUACAAGCCACAGGAUGUUCUGUUCCUGUACGUCAACAGCUCUUUCGCACCAGCUCCUGACGAAAUCGUCGGAAACUUGUACAAAUGCUUCGGGGCGGAAGGAAAUCUGAUAGUGAACUAUUCAACGACGGCUGCUUGGGGUUAA